GACGCGGGGACUUUCCGUCGGUCCAGGGGCAGGGCCGCCGAGCGCCCGGCGGUCAGUUCGGAGAGGAGGGGCAGAGAAAGGGAGGAGGUGAUGAGCCAUUUUCCGCAAACGGCGGUGGUUUUUGGGCUGAAGGAGAGAUAUUUCCAUGAAGCGAGUUUCUUUUGAAGACUGACAGUCGCCAGUUAUUCUUAUCAUGCAAAUAUUUCCAACAAUGAAGAUGCACCGUUUUCUUAAGCUGAAGUUUUAACUUUAUGAUGGAGGUUUAAACAGCAAGGGGCAUAUACCUUUUUUUGGAAGGAGCUUUGUUUCUGUUCAAUUAUUUUUCAAGAAGGCAGUUGUCUAACUGAGAUCUUGUACUCAAUUGUUUGUUCACUGUGGAAUUCUAUUUCUUCUAAGAUUAUGAAGUGCAUCAUUCAGUUGAACUUCAAAUAUUGAUCACUUCGUUUUAUUUCAAAUAGAGAUACUUAAUUAGUUUAUUUUUUAACAUGAUAUUUUGCCAGUUCAAGAUCAUGGAGCUAGGAAUGAGAGAGAAAAGCAAAUUCAAAAUAGAUUUUUUCUCUCAGGUAAGACCAUAGUCACAAUAAGACCCUCUGCACAUUGGCUGCUGCAUGUAUACAGCAUAACUUGGGAAGUGCACAGUUGAUAUAUUACCAUCCUUUCAUAAAAAUUUAAUAUAUAAAAGUCUAUCCUGGAGCUCAAUUAAUAAACUAUAUUUAAAUGACCCCACCAAGUAUUUGGCUGCAUUCUGGUGAUAUGAGUGCCAUUCUUGGUCUGUCCAAAUUAGGAAGUCUAAGCUUGCUGUGAACUAGUGAUUUGAAGGAACAAGUCUUGUGAAUCAUUCACUCUCCCUUCCAUCCUCAUUAAGCUUUUUUGCCUUUCCUCUCUUCCACUACUACCCCAUCCUUGGCCCGCAAACCACUUCCAGGCUCAAACUUACUUGAGUGAGGUAGCCAUUCUUGUAAACUUAUAGCAGUUAAUAUUAAUACACUGUGAUGCAUAGAACCUGUUAAGUUAGGGCCUAACUAUUUUAAUGAAAUGCCUUAGUUAGUUUCCUAAGCCUUGCUGCAUUUUAAAAAAAAUUAUACACCUGCCUGAGUGCUCCAGUCUUAAAAUUGAAACUUAUAUCCAUAAAUUUUUACCUUUGAAAGCCAUUAACAAAGCUCCUCCCAAAAAAAAGGUAUGCCCUUAUUCUGCAAAAUAUUCUUCAUGAAUAUACUUCAAAAUCAACAUUUUGGCAACUUUAGAAUAGGUGGUGAUCAAGAACUGCAAUAUGACUUCUCUUCAGAACUUUACCGUAUUUCAACAUUUGCUAAAUUCCCACCAAAUGCUUUGAUAAGUGAAAGGAGCCUUGCACGUGCUGGAUUCUAUUACACCAAUAUAGGUGAUAAAGUACAGUGUUUCUCUUGUACUGUUAUUGUUGAAAACUGGCAACCAGGAGAUAAUCCUGUUGAAAGGCACAAAAAGGCUAGCCCAAGCUGCAGUUUUAUUAAUAACCUGCGUUCAGGUAUUGACUGUUCUUCAAGCCGCUCUCAGUUUUCUCUGUCAGGUGGCUCUUUUUUUCAGUCAUCUUAUUAUGAGAAUGCAGCACCAUCUGAAUUGUACUGUAGCAAUCUCUCUGAUCCUGUGGCCUCAAGAAGCGUGGAAGACUUUUCUCAACAGUUGCGAUGCCCUCAUUACAAUGCAUUUAUGCGUAGUGAAGAAACAAGACUUCAAACUUUUCAGAACUGGCCUUCCUAUUCUUCUUUGGUUCCCACAGAGCUAGCUAAAGCUGGAUUCUAUUACACUGGGGAAGAUGAUAAAGUUGCAUGUUUUGUUUGUGGUGGAAGAUUAGGUAACUGGGAACCUGGAGAUCGUCCAUCAACUGAACAUAGAAGACAUUUUCCAACAUGCCCUUUUGUUUUGGGGAAUGAGAUUGGUAACAUUCCCAUGAAUAACUCAGAAUCGCAAAGGCCAAAUCCACAUGCUGCCAUGCAUCCAAGACAUCCUGAAAUGCAGUCUUAUGAUAGACGGCUACAGACGUUUUUGAGAUGGCCAGUGAGGAAUUUUAUUCAACCUGAACAAUUAUCUAGAGCUGGUUUCUACUAUGUUGGUCAAAAUGAUGAUGUGAAAUGUUUUUAUUGUGAUGGUGGCCUGCGAAGCUGGGAGGCUGGAGAUGACCCGUGGGUGGAACAUGCAAAAUGGUUCCCAAGGUGUGAAUAUCUUCUCCAAGAGAAGGGACAGACGUUUGUAAAUCAGAUUCAGACAAGGUUUCCACAUCUGCUUGAUUUCCAGCUGCAUUCCAGUUCUGAUGAUAUCUUGGAAGAAACUCAAACAGCAGUUAAUUUUGAGCCUGGUGAAAAUCGUACAGAGGAUGCAGUCAUGAUGAACACACCAGUUGUCAAGGGAGCUAUGGAAAUGGGUUUUAGUCGAAAACUUGUGAAACAGACAGUCCAAAGAAAAAUUGUUACAAGUGGUGAGAAUUACAAAUCUGUUAUAGAAUUAGUGACUGACUUACUGAAUGCUGAAGAUGAAGAAAGACAAGAAGACAGAGAAAGAAAAAUGGAAGAGUUGGAUGAAGAUGUAUUACUGUUGAAGAAAAAUUGUGCCACUUUGAGUCAUAAUUUGACAAAUGUAACGCCUUUGCUGGAAGAUCUAGAAAUUCAUUCUGUUAUUAACAAAGUGGAAAGUGAUGUGAUCAAACAUAAAUCUUGUGCAAAUGAACAAGUCAGAGAGCUAAUGGACAUGAUCAUUUGCAAAGGAAGAGCAGCAGCUGAAGCCUUCAAAGAUGUGCUUUUGAAACACGAGCCUGAAUUGCAUGAAAAGCUAUAUGUUCAAAAAAGCCUGUCUUAUUCUCCAUCAGAUACGUUGGGUCUAUCGAUGGAAGAGCAAUUACGAAGGUUGCAAGAAGAAAGAACUUGUAAAGUAUGCAUGGACAAGGAGGUCUCAGUUGUGUUUAUAACAUGUGGUCAUUUGGUUGUUUGCACAGACUGUGCACCCUCCCUUAGAAAGUGCCCAAUCUGCCGUGAUACUAUCAAGGGAACAGUUAGAACCUUCCUGUCAUAAUCUUGUAAUUUGUCGUCGUCAUCAUUAAGUUCCAUUUGGUGGACAAUUUCCCUCCACGCAGCUCUGUCCCGAUACUUGUCCACAACAUCCCUAGUCUUGUCCAGCUUUGCCUUCCUCUUCCUUUCUUUCCCUCCAUCUUUCCAUAGGUUGAUUAGUCAUUUGAUUUAAUUCUGGUAAAUCUUCAAUCCUGCUAUCUUCAAAUAAUUCCCAGAUGUAUUCAACCCACCUGUCCAUGAUCUCUUUUUCAUAGCAUGGAUCACCCCUACUGUCUCCAAUACACUCAGUUGAUAGCACAGUCUGCCUUAAUUAAUCUUGUAAUUAAUUAAAUAUUAAUAAAUAUGCUUUUCAGACUAGAUGUACAUUUUAUUCUUGGUGAGAAUGCUUUAGCCAGAGACAAGCUUCCACUCUUCAAGCCCUUUACCUACAUCUUAAAUUAGGGUUUAAAUUAAAAAUAAUGAUUGCUUAUGUGUUUUGUAUUUUAAUAUUGUAUAGAAUAUCAUAAUUUCAAUUUAAAAUAUUGCUGUUGUGAAGUCUUGCCUAUAAAUGAUAUCAGCAAUAAUCACUAGUGUAUGAAUGCUUUUGAUCAGUGGAAUUUUACUGCAUUGCUGACUCAUGAGAUGGAUGAGUUUGAAAAUGGCAAUUGUGUGAACAAAUAUUUGAUAAUUUUGCAAAGGUAUUUGUAUAUAAAUAAUGCAUGGAUAUUACAAUAUCUUAAUGGGUUGUUUGGCAGGGCAUAAAGUGCUAGAAAAUACAAGAUUGUGUUAAUAAAAAUGAAAGCAUGUAUUUUUAGUUUUAGAAUGACACUAAUUCAAAGGCAUUAUAUUUGCAUUUCUAAUUGAGCAAACUGCACAUAAUUAGUUGACUUAAGUUCAACAUUUUGAAAAUUGAAAAGUUUUGCAAGUGGUGCAUAAAUAUUGGGGUUUGAAUAAAUGUUUAAGGGCUUCGUUAGAGGAGAAUUUUUAAAUGUGGCCUCCUGUUUUAGGGUGCCUUAAAAUAAUUCAUUCUGUUGAAAUAUUGGUGCCUGACCUAAAUAUAGUGGUGCAGCGUGGAAGAAUGAAGUACGUUGUAUAUUAACUACACCACCCAAGUCAGCUAUCAAUAUCUUGGCUCAUAAUUUAAUGCCUUGUGUUGGAGAAUCUGAAGUCUUGACGUGAAACUAUAAAGAGACUUCUGGCAGUUUGGAGUUGUCAGAUUUACCAAUACUACUUAUUUCCACUUUUUUUUGAAUAAUAUAUUCUAAUCUGUAUAUAUACAGUACUGUGCAGAAGUUUUAGGCACUUGUAAACAAAUUCUGUAAAGCGAAGAUGCUUUCUGAAAUGAUGAACUGAGAAGUUUCUAAAUGUAUAAAAAAUGUACUUUAAAGAACAAUAAACAGUAAAAUAACUAAAUCAAAUCAAUAUUUGGCAUGACCACCCUUUGCCUUUAAAACUGCACCAAUUCUCUUAAGUACACUGUCCUGCAGUUUGUUAAGAAAAUCAGCUGGUAGAUUGUUCCAAGCAUCUUGGAGAACUUGCCACAGCUGUCUUGCUUGUUUGUGUCCCUCUUAAGUAUUCCUAGAGAGCCUCAAUAAUACUGAAAUCAGGGCGCUGUGGAGGCCAUACUGUGCCAUCUGAAACCAUAUUUAAAAAAAUCUAGGCUGCCUGAGACUUUUGCACAGUACUAUAUGGCACAUUCCUGGGAAAACAUUAAGUGGAUUUUCAUGCAUUAAAUUAGGUGAAAUACAUUAUGGGUAUUUAGGACAUGGUAUUGGAAUUCAAAAUAACAAAUGCUUGUCAAUUCAAGAUAUAUCCUCAAAAGAUUUGUGACAUAUAAAAUGAGUAAAUUGAAUAUUUCUAAAAGAAGGAAUUUCUGUUUAACUCCACUUGUUAGAUGCCAGAAGUUUGAUUACAGUGGUAUGCAAAAGUUUGGGCACCCCUGGUCAAAAUUUCUGUUACUGUGAAUAGUUAAGUGAGUAGAAGAUGAACUGAUCUCUGAAAGUCAUGAAGUUAAAGAUGAAACAUUCUUUUCAACAUUUUAAGCAAGAUUAGUGUAUUAUUUUUGUUUUGCACAAUUUUAGAGUGGGAAAAAAGGAAAGGAGCACCAUGCAAAAAGUUUGGGCACCCCAAGAGAUUUGAGCUCUCAGAUAACUUUUACCAAGGUCUCAGACCUUAAUUAGCUUGUUAGGGCUAUGGCUUGUUCACAGUCGUCAUUAGGAAAGGCCAAGUGAUGCAAAUUUCAAAGCUUUAUAAAUACCCUGACUCCUCAAACAUUGUCCCAACAAUCAGCAGCCAUGGGCUCCUCUAAGCAGCUGCCUAGCACUCUGAAAAUUAAAAUAAAUGAUGCCCACAAAGCAGCAGAAGGCUAUAAGAAGAUAGCAAAGUGUUUUCAGGUAGCCGUUUCCUCAGUUCGUAAUGUAAUUAAGAAAUGGCAGUUAACAGGAACGGUGGAGUCAAGUUGAGGUCUGGAAGACCAAGAAAACUUACCGAAAGAACUGCUCGUAGGAUUGCUAGAAAGGCAAAUCAAAACCCCUGUUUGACUGCAAAAGACCUUCAGGAAGAUUUAGCAGGCUCUGGAGUGGUGAUGUACUGUUCUACUGUGCAGCGACACCUGCACAAAUAUGACCUUCAUGGAAGAGUCAUCAGAAGAAAACCUUUCCUGCGUCCUCAACACAAAAUUCAGCGUCAGAAGUUUGCAAAAGAACAUCUAAACAAACUUGAUGCAUUUUGGAAACAAGUCAUGUGGACUGAUGAAGUUAAAACAGAACUUUUUGGCCGCAAUAAGCAAAGGUAUGUUUGGAGAAAAAAGGGUGCAGAAUUUCAUGAAAAGAACCCCUCUCCAACUGUUAAGCACAGGGAUGGAUCGAUCAUGCUUUGGGCUCGUGUUGCAGCCAGUGGCACGGGGACCAUUUAACUGGUAGAGGGAAAAAUGAGUUCAAUUAAAUACCAGCAAAUUCUGGAAGCAAACAUCACACUGUCUGUAAAAAAAAAAGCUGAAGAUGAAAAGAGGAUGGCUUCUACAACAGGAUAUUGAUUCUAAAUGCUACCUCAAGAGGCGCAAGCUGAAGGUUUUGCCAUGGCCUCACAGUCCCCUGACCUGUGGAUCUGUGGAUGGACCUCAAAAGAUUAGUGCAUGCAAGACAGCCCAAGAAUCUCACAGAACUAGAAGCCUUUUGCAAGGAAGAAUGGGGGAAAAUCCCCCAAACAAGAAUUGAAAGACUCCUGGAUGGCUACAGAAAGUGUUUACAAGCUGUGAUACUUGUCAGAGGGGGUGUUACUAAUUACUAACCUUGCAGGGUGCCCAAACUUUUGCUUCAGGCCUUUUUACUUCUUUGUUAUUUUGAAACUGUAAAAGAUGGAAAUAAAAAAGUAAUCUUGGUUAAAAUAUUAAAGAAAUGUGUCAUCUUUAACUUUAUGCCUUUUGGAAAUCAGGUCAUCUUUUACUCGCUUAGCUAUUCACAGUAACAGAAAUUUUGACCGGGGUGCCCAAACUUUUGCAUGCAACUGUAUAUAACCUGGGUAUCUCUCUGUUUUUCACAAAUUUUUCUCAUGUCUCAGAGCUUUCAUGCACGUGUUUUGGGUCAACUUGUCCUCCUGUACGGUAUUAUAUCUGGUACUGCCUGAUGACCACUGCCACUGAAUGCUACAAAACAUUAUAUCUUUAUCUGCUCAACCAUACAGUUAUGUUCCCUAACCUGCUUGCAUAGUUGUAAUCGUGACUUGUCAAUUGUGAAAAUAACUUCCUCCUGUAUUGUUGUUGGACCAUACAAUUCUCAAAAACUUGCAAAUGCAGAUUACAGCUGCUUCCCAUGUUACUCAUUUACUCAACUUGGUUGCUGAGCCAUAUCAUUAAUUCAACACACAAAACAUUUAAGCAUUCAGCAUUUAAUACACUUGGAUUUUCUAUUAUAGAGG